GGAGAGGGCAGUGUCAACACAAGGAAACACAGCUCUCCAAAUGUUUUACUGGUCUAACUGGCUGAGCAUGGCUUCAGUCAAGUAUUUAACUUGUCUUCAGGACGGGACCUCUCGGGAAUCAGAAAUGAGGAGUGACUGUGAGGAGAAGAAGAACAGCUGCUCUCAAUGACUGGACCUCUGUGGUUCUGCCCUCUGCCAUGCUAUGAAGUGAGGACCUGCUGAGAAAGUGGAACAGAGCCGCCCAGGAGGAGAACGACUUCCUGUAAUGUGAUGGAUCCUUCUCAAAAUGGAAAUGGGACAAUCCAGAAACAAGAUGCAAUGGACAUUGACCUCCCUUUGCCCCUCACUGAGGAUCCAUCUGUGAAUCAUGUUUACGAGUACAUUGAUAAGGAGUACAUGGAGGUUUCUCCUGAAGAUGUUGAAACGCGUUUGCAUGAACGCAGCCCGGCUGAAUCCCAACCCAAACUCACAGGGCAUCUCUCAGGAGAUAGAGGAGGAGGACCAGGGAAUACAGACCAAAACAGUAAAAACAAGCCUCCGCCAGUCCCGAGUCGCCCACCUUUACUCAGAACCAGACUUCCAAGUGCGUGUUUGACAGAAAGGCAAGUCACGGCUCCCCCUCCUGUACCCCACAGGUCACGGCUACCCCUCAGCAACAAGCAGUUUUCCUUUGACUUUGCCGAGCCGGUUCACAAACUGAACCGUUCAAGGACAGAAGUUGACCAUGACCCAUGGGCCAUCAACCUCAUAGACACUCCAGAGGGCAGCACCAAGAGUCUGGCAUCUUUUUGCUCUGCAACUUCAAAGCUAAUGUCACGGUACAAGCACACAGACAGUGUUCAUAAUCCAGGUGUUGUAUGGGCUCGAGUGUUACACAUCAACCCGGCCCUGCUGCAGCAGGUGGAGGUGAAUGUCAGUGUGGCCAGAGACUGGGACCAUCACCAGCUCCCUUUCCCUACCUCAGUGAACAGAACAGUGACGAGCCUGAUUGAAGAAAUCUUCCAGUUGUUGGACAUCACUCCCAGCUCCAGUGGGCAUUAUGUUUUAAAACUGUGCGACUCUGAGGAGUAUCUCCAGAAUGAAGAACUGCUGGGUAUGCAUGAGAUCAUUCAGACGUCCUACAUGCUUAAGCUAGAAGUCCCCGUCCGGCUGCUCCAUUUGAACAACCUCAAACACUGUUUGCCCAGGGAUGAGGAGGAUGACAGAACGCCUUGUCACCUGCACCCGCUCCUACGUCCUGUCUGUGUGCACAACACCUGCAAGUUGAGCCUGCAGGAGUUUCUUAAGAGCUACAACCAAGAGGUGACAGAGCUGAUGAGGAGCAAGUCUGGGAUGAACACCAAUGUGCUUGUUGGCUGGGUUCGCACGAUCAGCAAUCUUGUGUGUGGACUUUCGUGUCCAGAGUUGGAGGAUUCGAUCGGUGCGCUCAACAGAAUCAAUCCCAUACCUCUGAGUCAUGAUGAGAUGACUGAGUGUGAAACUGUCAUGAUCAUGCUCCACCAGUCGCUGCAAAAAGUCCUUCAGAUCUUCUUUGACAACUUCCAGUCAGACUUCAGAUGUUUGAGGGUAACCGGCAACCCACAAUCCAGCGACGUUGAGUACAACAAUGAAAUCUUCCAAUUCAAUGUCGCUACUCUCUACCAACUUCAGCUCGUUUGGAUCAACAAUUACGAGUGCUUCUCUGUUUCCUGUGAGUUGACGUACGGAGAGACAAACGUCUGUGACAUCGGCAUCUCAGAAAAUAUCAGCACGGCCUUGUCAUGCAGAAACAAGAUCAAUUGUAACCGCAUGAUGGUGUUUCCUGUUCCUGUCAAUAAGCUGCCGUAUGAGUGCAUGUUGACAUUUCAAUUGAAGGGCUCCAAGAGAGGCAAGAGCCCAGAGCUUUUAGGCUGGGCUGUACUACCUCUGUACAGAGAUAGGACUCUGCUGAUGGGAACCGUCCUGCUCAGUAUGUCCUUACUGGCUGAACUGACGUCUCCUCCGUCUCCUGCCUUAUCAGACAGCCACAGACAACCAGCUGGGGUCAUACUGCAGCUCGAGUUCCAGGAUCAGAUAGAGUGGAAAUAUCAGAGGCCCAUUGCUCUCCCUGGUUCAGUCAUUUUUAGUCAGCCCUGUGAGGACUUGCAUAAGAAAAUGUUGGAUGUCUCUAAGAAGCAUUGUCUCUGCUUUCUAACACAAAAUGAGAAGUCUUUCCUCUGGACAAAGCGUUACUGUAGUGACAAAGCCAGCACUUUCCUCCACCUGCUGCUGGGUGGAGCUCCACGAUGGCAACCUGAAGACUUGACAGAAAUCUACACUAUUGUAGAAAACUGGCCCAUCCAUCAACCUGAAGAGGCUCUGUUCCUGCUCACUGACAGUUUUCAUGAUCAGACUGUGAGGAGAGCUGCAGUUCAGUUCUUUGAACAGAUACCAGACGUAGAGCUGGAAGUCUUUCUGCCCCAGUUGGUCCAGGCUCUGAAGAGUGAGUGGGAGUUGGAUGGACCUCUGGUGAUGAUGCUGCUGGAGAGAUCAUUGAAGAGCAUACGAAUCGCCCAGCAACUCUACUGGCUGCUGCAGGACGCCCACAAUGACCCGUACUACCAAAGCUGGUUCAGUAAGGUUCAGGCCGCCCUGCAGCACUGCUGUGGUCGAGCACUGAGGCAGGAGCUGGAGCAUGAAACCCGCCUGGUGUCUGUCCUCAUACAAGUGGCUGAGAGUGUUCGCACUGCUGAAAAGGCUCGACGUAAGAAUGUUUUGAUGAAAGAAAAAUUGAAGAUCAAUGACUUCUUCAAAGAUGGGACCGGCUGCUGUCUUCCUCUUGAUCCUGCAGUUCAUAUAAAGGCCUUGGAUGUGGAUGCCUGUAAGUUUUACAACUCAAACGCUGCUCCUCUGGGGAUCUCAUUCAUCUGCUCCGACCCUCUGGCCAAGAACGUCAGUGUCAUCUGCAAGACAGGAGAUAACCUGCAGCAGGACAUGCUGGUGCUUCAGAUCGUCCGUGUGAUGGACAGGAUUUGGCUCCAGGAGGGGCUGGACAUGCAAAUGAUCUCCUACAGGUGUCUUUCUACAGGCAGAUUUCAGGGAUUGGUGGAAGUGGUUCCAGAGGCGGUGACCCUGGGAUCGAUUCAUCAGGAGUUUGGUCUGGGAGGCACCCUUCGAGAAGACUCCCUGGAGAGAUGGUUCCACAUGUGGAACAGAACUGAGGAGGACUACGAGAAGGCUGUGAUGAACUUCAUCAACUCCUGUGCAGGGUGGUGCGUGGCCACCUUCAUCCUGGGGAUCUGCGACCGCCACAAUGACAACAUCAUGUUGAAACACAGUGGGCAUAUGUUUCAUAUCGACUUCGGCAAGAUCAUGGGCAAUGCGCAAAAGUUCGGGAGUUUUAAAAGGGAUCGAUCGCCGUUCAUCUUUACGUCUGAGAUGCAGCACUUCAUCACGGGUGGGGGUCAGAAGCCUCAACGCCUGCAUCGCUUUGUGGAGGUCUGCUGUGAAGCAUACAAUAUAAUCAGAAGGCGCUCUGCACUGAUACUCAGCCUGUUGGAGCUGAUGCUGCGUGCAGGAAUGCCAGAACUGAAGGACUCUAAUGACCUGCAGUACGUCCAGAACAAUCUCAGACCUCAUAACACAGACCUGGAGGCUACGUCCUACUUUACAAAGAAGAUCAAGGAAAGCAUUGGCUGUGUUGCAGUGAAAUUUAACUUCCUGACACAUGCCAUUGCUCAGGGGAAGAAACCAGAAUCAGUAACCAGGGACGGCAACCCCGCUCCCAGCACCAACAUCCAGGAAGCAGUCAUACAGGGAUACACCAUCAGGUCAAAGGAUGUGAUUUAUGACCUGAGAGUAACCAUCCACGAUGGUUUUAUACACAGUGAAAAGACAUAUGGGCAGUUUGAGCUGAUCCACAAACGGCUGCAGAAAUACUUCAUUGAAUCAAUGCUGCCUCAGUUUCCUGGCUGGUACAAGAUGUCAUUCACCCCCUCCAGGAGGAUGUCUCUGCUGAAUAAAUACCUCCAACAGCUUUUUGAGGGACCCUGCAAGGGGAAUGAGUAUGUGUGCAGCUUAUUCCUGGACGGACCAAACAUUGUGCAAGAAAGUGUGGUGACAGGAGCCCUUCCUCAGAUCCAGCUCCUCAUUUCUUACUCAGACUGUAAGCUCUCAGUUUUGGUGAAACACCUGAAAAACAUUAAACUUGCAAACGGCUCUAACCCUGACGCCUACGUGGUCACAUACCUGAGACCGGACCCUCAGCAGCGCUCCAAGAAGAAGACGAAGGUGGUCCGCAAUAAUGACAACCCCACCUUCAAUGAGCUGCUGGAGUACAGUAAUGUCCCCAUGCUGUAUGGGAUGGUGCUGGAGGUGACUGUGAAGAGCAAGAAGAAUUUUGUGGCUGCCACCAACAUUAGACUGGAGCAGGAGGUGCUUGAUAAGGAGAAGUGGUUUAUCCUCGGGAACUGUGCAAUAUGACCUUGUUGGAGAGGUGCAAGGAAUGCCUCCAUCCAGCAGGGGGAGCCGCCACACUAAGGAAAUACCAGUCAAAGGGUAUUUAUCAGAUGAUACUGAACCUCAUGAGGCUUUUGCAUGACGUUACAGGUCUGAGAAAAAGACUCAGAGAAGACUGUUUUAACUGAUGUGCCUACUUUUAAAUAUUGAUAAAAUGAAGGACAUUUGAAAUUAGUCACAUUUCCACGUUACAGUGGAUGAAGGAAACACUAUUACUUCUUUAGCAUAUUUGCACUUUCAUUUGUACUUAAAUGUGUUUUUGAAACUAUAGAUGUGACAGAUUUAAGAGGAGGUGAUGCUUCGCUCCUACUACCUGAAUGUCUGCCCAUACUAAGUGUGUUCAUCCCUUCGGGCUGUGUCCACUGGACGCCCUUGACCAGUACAAUUGAAGGUUGGAGACAGGAGAAGGGUGAGAAAAGAGUGGGGGAGAGGGUUGAGGAGUGAGGAGAGUGUAUGAACAGGAUGACAUCUCUCUCUCUCUCUCUCUCUCUCUCUCUAUGGCCUGAGGGGCUGAGUUAACACUCUGCCGCUCGCCUCAUCAUUUGUCUUAUCAAUCAGUAGCCUUCAAGCACAGGUAUGCACAUGCAUGCCAAAACAGGCAGAGGCAGACACUCUACACUGCCUACACAAAAAACAAACUGAAAAACUCCUCCACACACCAAACACACACACACACACACACCUACGACACACAAAGUCUUUCUAGGGCUACAGCAGGUCUUCAUGUUAUCUUAAUGCCACCCUCCUCCUGACAGGCCUGCUGACCCGUGGUCUCCUCCGCCUCAUUCCCAGGAUUUAGUGCGGAUAGAAAUAGAAGGCCCUGCACUGGAUUUGGUUCAAUUAUGUAUACCUCUGUGGACGCUAUUUACAUUUUGCCCUGCUGAGGCUCUCACAGGGAGGCACUCUUUCAUAGUAGUACUCAUGGACUUUUUAUGUAUCCUGGCAUCAUCUGUCAUUUUCAGGCCAAGUAAAAGGAUUCAAUCUAUUGUUUAGAUAUAGAUGAUACAUCCUAAAUCUCUAUUAUGUCUUGUGUUUGGAUAUUAUCAACUCUCUCACAAUAAUCCCACCUGAAUCAAUUAUUCAUUAUAUUAUAAGAGACUUCUAUCUCACUCAAGGAUUUUCUCAAUAUCUUUAGUGAUGCAUGCAGAGACUUGGUCUUCAUUAAAUCAUCUUUUAAAUUCAGCUGGAACCGUCUUCUCUUCUGCAGAAAAGCAGUGGAAAGAGACAUGCAUUUCCUGACAAUAAAAUUGGUAUUUAUAUCUAUGAAAA